GCAGUCAGCGCAUAGUACUCGGGCGCGGGAGUGGGGGCCAGCUCACUGCAUCUCUGGAGAGGGUUGUGCCCUGGAAGCUUCGUUGGCGAAAUUGCUGGCGUGGCCCACGCCCGCAGGGAGAACGUCGCUUGUUGAGCCGAGCUGCAAAUGUGGCAAUACUUGUUAGCAAGUGUGACUGACUAAACAUACAUGCUGCUAAAAGGGCUGCGAAGAUCAUACCAAGCUCACUGCAGCAGUACGCUUGCGAUUGGCGGUCAACAGUGGUGCGGGUGCGAGCUGCCUUGGCACACGGUGCUCCACGCCAUUGUUGAGCUCAGUGGCUUCGGGAAACGCGUGCUGGUCACCCUCCAUGGUACGGAAGCCGGGUUCGGGCGAGAUGGGGCUCUCCCGGUGCGUGCCGCCAUACACGCUGUUCGGGUGCGUGUUGUCAGCAAGGCUACGCGCCCUAGAGUAGUUUGCGUCUCCGAUGUCCUCAUUCGGCGUGACCGUCUCGGAGAACGAGGACGGGGCCGCCUCGCUGGUCACGGUUAGCAGCUGACGCUUCUCUCAGGCCGAAAGCACCUGCCUACUACCGUACGGCAGAGGGGAGUCCUCUGCCCGAGUCUGUGGAAACAGCG